UCUGCUGUCUCUCUCUGUUUCAUCCAAAAUUUUCCGAGAAAGUCACUAUAUAUAUAUAUAUAUUGAAGUAUAAGGAACCUAAAAAAAUUUCUUUUCUUUUCUUUUCUUCCCAGCCGAUCACCUUCAAAAAGUGUGUUUUCCGACACUGGUGAAUGGAGCAAGUUCCACUCCUCAUUUCUUCUUUCUAACCCUAAAUAUAACCACUUAAAACCCAAACCCCAAAAAAUCACCACCACCACCUGCAAAAAUGGACCCUCGCCGAGCUCCACGCACGGUGAUUGACCCGAAGGUUCGUCAAGUCGGGUUCUUUGCCCCACCCGGCCGCUCUCACUCCGCCCCACCGGAAAUUGUCUCCUCCUCAUCCUCUUCUUCCCCGCCGGUUUCCGACCUCUCCCCCUCCGGUAAUUCCCUCUCUCCUGUUAUGAUCCCCCCGCCACGUCACUCCUCCGACAACCGUCCCGUUCCCUUGCCUCCGGUUCCGGCCUCUCCCCUACGCCGAGACUCCAUUGUCUCCGGCAGCUACAACCCCUCCGACUUCUUCACCGCCACUUCGCCGACUGCCUCGUCUUACGUCAGCAGGAUGGUGGCGGUGGGUGAGGGUGAGGUCUCCGACGACGUCGCCGCCGUGCUAUCUCCCGGUCGGGGGUUGGCCAGGGGCAGUUUGGUAAAAGCGUUUGCAGCUCCUGCUGUCACUGGUGCGUCGUCGCUUCCCAGUGGGGGAUUCGAUCUGACGGCUGUGAAGGCGAGUAGCGUUCCAUUGAGUGGGUUAACAACCGUGUCUGUGGUUAAUUUACCUCCUGGUAUUGCUGAGUCUAAUGCAGAAAAAACUGGAGGAGGAUCAGUUGAAGUGCAAAAUGAUAUACCUGCCAGUUCAAAGCCACAGAAAGAGAAAAGCACGAAAGCUGAAAGGCGUGCCCUUCAAGAAGCUCAGCGAGCUGCAAAAGCUGCUGCUAAAGCUGAAGGAAGUAAGGGACCUGGUGCUGCUUCUGCAUCAGUAACUCAAGCAAAACCAGCUAAAUCCGCAAAGGCUCCUUCACAAAAGAAUGAGAAUGCUUCAGUUGUAGGUUCUGAGAAGAAGGGUGGGGAUCGUGCACAAGAAAAGGAUAGAAAGAAAGAUGUUCCUCAUCCACGGAUGCAAUAUGAUGACAAAAGUCGGGUGGAAAAGGCAAAAAGACGUGCAGUUGUAAAACAAACUGAGGCUAGAAAUAGAGUUGAGUUGUUCAGGCAUUUGCCUCAAUAUGAACAUGGAACUCAGCUUCCUGAUCUUCAGUCGAAGUUUUUUCAACUUGAUCCCAUGCAUCCUAAUGUCUACAAGGUUGGAUUACAGUAUUUGUCAGGAGAUAUAUCUGGUGGCAAUGCUCGAUGUGUUGCAAUGCUUCAGGCAUUCCGAGAAGCUAUUACAGACUAUUCAACACCUCCUGAAAAAACUCUUAGUAGAGAUUUGACUGCAAAAAUAAGUAGUUAUGUUUCAUUUAUAAAUGAGUGCAGGCCUCUGUCAAUCAGCAUGGGGAAUGCAAUUAGGUUCUUGAAAAGUCGAAUUGCCAAGUUACCUCUGAGCCUAUCUGAGUCAGAAGCAAAAGCAUCUCUUCAGUCAGAUAUUGAUCGUUUUAUAAGUGAGAAGAUCAUACUAGCAGACAAGGUGAUAGUCAAACAUGCUGUUACCAAAAUCAGAGAUGGUGAUGUUCUUCUUACAUAUGGAUCACCCUCUGCAGUUGAAAUGAUGCUAUUACAUGCUCAUGAGCUUGGCAAACAGUUUAGAGUUAUUGUAGUGGACUCUCGUCCAAAACUUGAAGGGCAACUUCUUCUCCGUAGGUUGGUGGGAAAGGGUCUCAACUGUACUUAUACUCAUAUAAAUGCUGUAUCUUAUAUCAUGCAUGAAGUCACUAGAGUUUUUUUAGGCGCUUCAUCAAUAUUAUCUAAUGGAACAGUGUACUCAAGGGUGGGGACUGCAUGUGUUGCUAUGGUUGCUCAUGCAUUCCGUGUACCAGUGUUGGUAUGUUGUGAGGCAUAUAAAUUUCACGAAAGAGUACAGCUUGAUUCAAUAUGCUCAAAUGAGCUCGGUGAUCCAGAGGCCAUUGCAAAGUUUCCUGGUCGAGAGGAAAACAAAGAUUUAAAUGAAUGGACCAAUAGUGAAAAUUUGCAACUUCUGAAUCUGAGUUAUGAUGCGACACCUUCAGAUUAUGUUUCAAUGAUAAUCACAGACUAUGGCAUGGUUCCACCUACGAGUGUGCCUGUCAUUGUGCGUGAAUAUAGAAGAGAGCACUUUUGGAUAUAAGUACUUGAGAUUUGGAAUUCGGAUCAUGGAUAGCUUCUCCCAAAUUUUGUGCACAAUGCUGAAAUCAAUGUCAGCAGCAGCAGAUAACAAUAAAAACUCGAGAGGUUUCGCAUUAGUUGAUAUCUUCUCUGGUUAUUCACCCUUCUAGAAUAAUGCUAUCCACUAGCUAUUGAAGUUCUGGAAUUGUAUUUGUCACCUGACUCAGUGUAGAGUGCGAAAUUUUCGCCUCUCCGGGCAGAUUUUGUGAUGCAUUCUUGCAUGUUGUAACAAUUUUUUUUGUUUCUUUUUAUUUUUUUGGUUCCGUGGAUUGCAGAUGGCAUUUUUGAAGUUGGCCAAAUUUUGUUCCAAAAGAUUUGCAGCUUUAAUCGAGUUCUAUUUUAAUGUCUUUC